AUGAAGUUCUCCGCAACUAUUAUUGCCCUCUUCGCAGCCAGCGCUUUAGCUGCUCCCUCUAGCCAUGGUCUUACUGCCCGCACCGAGGCACGCGCCGCUGGACGUAACCGUCUCAGCAACCCUCGACGACCUGCGACUGGCACAUUCAGCGCAGAACUCAAUGAAGAACCCACCAAUGCCACCCAUGUCGACUAUUCCUCCAACUGGUCCGGAGCUGUCUUGACAGCUCCCCCCGCUGGAACCACCUUCACCUCCGUCUAUGCUGAAUUCACCGUCCCCACCCCCAAGCCCGUUAACGGCAAGGCUGGAGCUUCAUCUGCCUGGGUCGGUAUUGACGGUGACACCUACGGCAAUGCCAUUCUCCAAACUGGUAUUGACUUCAGUGUCACUGCCAGCGGCGCCGUUUCCUACGAUGCCUGGUACGAGUGGUACCCCGACUACGCUUACGAUUUCUCCGGCCUUCCCAUCAGCGCCGGUGACAAGAUCGCCGUCUCCGUUGUUUCUAGCUCCUCAACUGCCGGAACUGCUACUAUUGAGAACCUUACCAAGGGUAAAACCGUGAGCAAGAAGCUCACUGCCCCCAGCUCUUCUGCCAAGCUUGGUGGUCAGAACGCUGAGUGGAUUGUUGAGGACUUUGAGGAAGGUAGCAGCCUUGUAACUCUUGACAACUUCGGCACUGUUACUUUCACCAAGGCUUCUGCUGGCUUGUCCAAUGGAAAGUCUGUUGGUACCACUGGUGCCGACAUUAUUGACAUCAAGCAGAACAACAAGGUCUUGACCUCUGUGUCUGUUCCUAGCUCGUCCGAGGUUGUUGUUAGCUACGUCUGA